AUGACGCAAUCGUUUGUGGAAACAGCUAAAUAUCUGUCGUCCUCGACCUUCGAUCCUCCGCCAUAUCUGCGGCCUUCCGGUGGACCUUACGAAACAACAUACACAGCUUCGUUCCAAACAGGCAGACCGUACACAUCGCCUCACGCGUUCAGGCCACUCUCAAGAUCUUUUGAAUUCCCAUCUAAGAUCUUAAACGGUUCAUCUUCUGGAUUGGAACAUUUGCCAUACACUGCUGUGACACAAAGAGCCAUACAUAAGUAUACACCUCAACAAUGGAGAACCUCUAACGUGUUGAAUGUUUCAUCUGGUGAGAAGGAGCGAGCAACUGCAGAGAGGCUUCGGGAUGAAUGUUCGCGUCUUCGAACGGAAACAGCUCUUUUAACUCAUAGAACACAGACGGACGUGAACAAGAAGCUGGAAUAUCGCAUCAGUGACAUUACAUACUGGAAGACCGAGUUGGAGAAGCAGCAUGCGGAAACUGUGGCUGAGAUCAAGGCAUUACAAGCGUUCAUCGGCCGCUUGGAGAAGGCUUUAGCCGCUACUGAACGGCCUUUGAACGUAUCUAAGCAAUGCUUGGAAUACAGAGAAAGGAGAGUCAAGGUCGAUCUUGUGCAUGAUAAUGUGGAGACACACAUAAGCAAGGUAAGAUGAUCUCUAGUCAGGUCUACUGCUGGCGCCAGCAACGCGUAGAACCUUGUUUAAUCAACAGCUGUUUUUUUUUUUAAUUGAUGCUUUAGCCACACUUCUUUUCCCUUAUUUCAAGAAUGAUUUAAGCACAAGUGAGAAAGUUGCAGUUUUUGUCUGGUUUAGCGUUUUAAUGUGGUAAAAGAUUUAAUAAAUGCUCAGAAUAGUUGAAUAGAAGUGUUGAGUUUUGCAGGCGAUCUUGUUCGAAGUUCCCGUGUUUAUUGGGUGACAAAAAUGUUUAAUUGUAUAGCACCGGAGCAGUUAAAAAUAUUGGCGAGACUUCGGUAACAGAGAUCAAUAGUUUAUUAUGCUAAUAUACAUCCUCUUGGAAACCGAUUUGUAUUAAGUCACAUGAAUGAUUUUGUUUUCCAUUCACUUUGCCCUCACAAGAGCGUUAUCAUGACUAAAGUGUCACAGGAUUGAUAUUUUAAAAUUCCCUUCAUUUCCGUGAUAACGAAAGGAUCCGGCUAAAGGCGCUAAAUAGUUAUUCUCGCAAAACAGGGGGAGACUUAUACUUGUAUCCAUUUAUUUCUGAUUUAGUAAUUAAGCGUCACUAACGCUGACCAUUGUUUGUACAACAACGAAAUGUGAACACAAAUUUUCUUCUUCGACCGAAGCGAUAGCUUGAACUUAUUUUUCUUUGUUAUAAUUUCCUAAAGAUAUAUUCAUUAUAAGGACCCUGCAUUAUAAAGUUCUGUUAUUUUUUCCCCCUAAUUCUGGUAAUUUUUUUAUGCCGUUUAAAAUUUGCCAAACAAUGUGGUUGUUAUGACAGCCAGCUACUCGUGCGUGAAAUGUUUAUAUGUAUACUUUAUACAAACUAUACCGAAACGUUUGCAGUGUAUAGAAAAAUUCAAGUUAUAAAAAACCUUCAGUUUCACUCUCAUACAGAAAGAAGAAACACCGCUUUGUUUCGGGUAAAAAUAAGGAAACAUAUCAAGCGACUUUCAGUCAGCAAUAGUCUUCACCAUUGUUUUGUUUUUUAGGAAGUGGAAAUGAUUGAGAAUGUGCGCGCUUUAUUGAAGAAAACAAUGGACCAAGCCCAUGAACAAUUGUGGUAAGUUCUUUUCCUCUCCUUUGGUGCCAUUGACACCACGCGCUGUGAAAGUAAACAUUUCUGAUUAGGCUUCAGAUUUCUUUUUACAUUUGUUACGUUAUUAUUUACUGGUCCACUAGUCUACCUGACUAGCAUUAAAAUUGUAAUCUUCGUCUGCCGGAAAUUUAGAAAAUUGUUUUAAAAAUUUGCUGUUUAACCGCAAUUCAACUUUUUACAAUGUGUUGCUUAGCAGUUUUAAACGUUUUCUCGUUAAAAUACAAUACACCUGAACCCCUCUCCCUUGCUUGAUUCUAUUGAGAAUGUGCUACGAACUCACGACAGGUUCUUUUCUGGGGUGUCUAGUCUGAGGUGGUUUCCUUGCGAAUUUUUAAAUAAUCUUGAAUUAUAAACACCUGCGAUUAACUAUUCUAUGCUUUCCCACAAUAUUUCAGGUUGCUACGCUCUGCUAAAACUCUGUUAGAAAAGGAUCUUGGCGACAAGUACGGGUCACUCCAGAUAGAUGGCAAAUGCUCUACGCUGAACAACUUCUCCAGGGACAUUCAUUUUGCUCCUCAUUCAGUCACUAUUCAACAACAGUAAGCUUCAUGUGCUCAUAUCUCCUUCAGUGUGCCUUAUUUAUGAUUGUGUGCAAACAAUUUUCAAACGUAAAAACACCCACUGUCAAUGUCUAAAAAACCCAUUUUUUUAAGGGGGCCGAAUUAUUGUACAAUGUUAUUUUUAAACGUUACCCCAAAAAACAAAAGUUAAAAUUUUUAAAACAUCCAUUUCAGAGAUACAGGCCGUUUUUCCUCUUAAAUCGACUUGUUUCUAACUGUAUAAUUGUCCUUCGUUUCUUUGUGAUUUCAGUUCCUUCACUCCUGAUGAAUGGGAAGCGUACUCUUCAGAGAACAUUGCUAAAGCUGAGCGAGAGCGUAAAGCCUCGGUGGCUUUACGAUCAGAGAUCAAUGGAAUCCUCAUGCAGACCUAUGUUGAUCUGAGAAACAUCUUUGAGACCGUUAACAAUGAGUUCACCAAGCGCAUUGAAGAGACGACUAUUGCUAAAAAGUCACUUGAGAAGGAAUUAGCAAAGGUAAAGUACUUGCUCUGAGUCUUGUCAUUUUUUUGCCUUAAGCAUUUUAGCGUAUUCUAAGAAAGAAACACUAGAUACCUUCGAAGAGCAAGACUGACAGUCAACCAGAAUACAAUGUUGUAAUUCUUCGCUGAUAGGAAGCUUCGAAGCUAGACUAUCGUUGCAAGAUUCCCCCAGCGUUAUGUUACCGCCUUUUGUGGCGGAGCAAAGUCCUGGAAUUGAGUUGUCACGCUUGAAAACCCUGGAAUGGAACUCCUGACUGCGCUAACUACAGCGCCCACUCUAAAGACUCUAAAGGGCUGCUGCAUAAACCCACCUCUUUGGUUGAGAUUUUUUCCGUUACUGUUCAACAUUACUCCGAUUGAACAAGUAUUUUAUUAGGUCCUAACCCCAAGCUUUCUUUCUUUAUUAAGGUUAUGGAUGAGAUAGCGUCCAUGGAAAACAACAUCCGUGAUCUUAAACAAGCGAUCGCGGACAAAGAAAAUCCCCUCAAAGUAGCUCACACCAGAUUGGACAAGCGUUCAUUAAGACCUAAUGUGGAGCUGUGCAGAGACCCUGUCCAGUACCGCCUGGUCGGUGAAGUCGGGGAGAUCACCGUUUCUAUUGAUCGCUUGCGCAUGCGUUUGGCUGAAGCUGAGGCCUCUUUAAUGGCGUUACUUAGGAACAAGGAACGUUUGGAGGAUGAUAUCGAGGUUAAGACCAACAGUCUGUUUAUCGACCGCGAUCAGUGCAUGGUGAUUCGCCAGCAAGUCCGUCAUAUUUCUCACUAAUGACUUUGGAAAAGUGAAUGAUGAAAGAGAACAUAAGAGGGCACUGUUUUAAAGAUAAAGUUGUGUCAAUGUUGAAAACGAAAUAUAUUUUCCAUCCGCACUGGCAAUUUUUUUUUACUAAAAUCAAUGUAUCUUUCGCCAAGUUUCUUUGCCUGAGAAAUAUCUGCCGGAUUAUAGAUAAAUCGAGUUACUUUACUAUAGAAGCACUGGUUGGCACACUCAUUUCCAUAAGGCAACAAUAAAGUAGUGUAUAAAGUGUCUAUUUCAAGCCUUUUAUAAUUGCUUUAUAGGAAUCAAAGAAACUAAAACGAAUAAGGUUCAAAUAGGGUCAUCAGCAGUAAAGAUACGUUGGCGAAAUUCACUUUUCAGGCCACCAGUGUGAUAAUGCACUAAGCAUGCACAAAUGAGAACACGUCACUACUUAA